AAAAAAAACAAGCUUCAGGUGCUGUUACCCGGAUAAAAGAGAGUGAGUACUGGUGGAGCAGAAACCACAGGGUCCUCAUCCACAGAUGGUUAUUAAUCAUGUUGCAAAUACUUGUUUAUCACCCAUCAGUGGUCCCCUGGCCUGGCUAGUUGGUCUAGCAGAGGCCUUCAGAAAAAUCAUAGAAGAGGCAGUAUGGCUAAUAUUAAUACAGACAUAACCACGUCACUUGAUAAUGACUACUUUUAGAGACUCACGGGGGAGACUUUGCCCCAGGGUGAGGUAGAACCUGGACAUGUCUGGGAGAGAAAAGCAUGAACUUCUGAGUCAGAUCUGAAUUCAAAUUCCAACACUCUCAUUGUACUCACUCACUCACUCAUUUUUUCAUGCAUUUGCUAAAGGAAAUUAAUUGGGCACUCAUGAUGUGCCAGGUACCGUUCUAGACCCUGAGAAAACCGUCAUGAGCCAAACAAAAUCCCUACCCUCCCGGAUCUGACAUUCUAGCUAGGGAGGUGGAUGUGGGGCAUAAGAGACAAAUAAUAAACAAGCGGACAAAGAAAUAAGUCAUUUCAGAUAGCAGUAAAUAUUGAAAAGAAAAGGAAGCAGUGUGUCUUGCUAGCAAGAAGCUAGGGGCCUGAUUUGCAGUAGGUAUUAGGGAAGGCCUUUGUGGAGAGUUGAUAUUUGAUUUGAGACGGGAAUAAUGAGAUGCAGUGAGCCAUGAGAUGAUCUGUGAAAGUCUCCAAGAGGGAGUAGCAGUGCUAAGGCCCUGAGGUGACCCGCUCCAAGAACUGACAAAAGUCAUUGUGAAUAGCUCUGUGACAUUAGGUGAAUUACUUAGCCUCUGUGCACUGCUGGAAAAUGAGGAUGAUCAUACCAACCCCUCAAGGUUACAAUGAGGAUUCAGACAACAGCUGUAAGACGCAAUAGCUAGGGCCUGUGCACAACAGGUGUUCAGUAAAUAUUAGCUAUUAUUUGGACAAUAUUAUUAUUAACUUAAGAAGGAAAGAAUGGGCCUGGACGGUAAAAAGGAUGAGAGAAAGAAGCUUUUGUGUCUUAUCCUUCCAGAAUCCAAAAUUCAGGAUACAGUAUGAGCAAGGCUCUGAGAAGGGGCUUCUGAUCAUGACUCCAGGACAUCCUAGAUACCAAUAUUAAUAAUGAUUAGCAUUAUCGUAAUAGCUACGGCCAUUCAUUGGGCACCUACGAUAUUCCAGACACUCUGCUGGGUACCUGAUGUCCGUGGGCCCCUCUGCCCCUGGGGUAGGCACUGUUAUUAACACCCCCAUUUUACAGAGGCUCAGAGCCAAUAGUCACCAAGUCUGGAGCAAAGCCAGGAGGCCAGCAUGAGGCCCAGACACCGCCAACCUGAUGACCUUUGGCCGGUCGUUGCCUCUGAUGUGGGGUUACAGGGGCAGGACACUUCUGCCCCACUCUCCAUCUUCACCAUUCUCCCGGCCUGGAGGGGCUGGGAGGAGGAGGCAGAGAGGAGAGCCCCUUCUCCAGGGACGCCGCCCCAGCCUGCUCCCCACCCACACUGCCACCAACCCAGUGCUAGAGAAGAGUGCACACCUGGCGUUGACUUCCCAGCCCACAGCUGGAGCCCGAGACCUGGGGAGGCGGAGGUUGGGCCGGGAAUGGGCGGGGCCAGUGCGGGGGCGGGGCCAAGGCUGCGUACUUGACUGUGCGCUCUAGGGGACCCCAGUCCCGACAGGGCGACUUCCCCUGAGCCACCGCAGGACGGAAAACGGUAUGAGGUGUCCUCUGGGCGCCGCCGGCUCCGGCCACAGCCCCGCCUGGAGAAGCAUGCUUCUAACAGGCAGCCUGCUGGCAUUCUUCACCUGCUCUGCCUCCUCGGAGCUGCCCUCUUCUGGGUCUCUGGACCCCUUGACCGAAGGAGCCGAUGCCCACCUGCCAGUCCCCAGAAGCCUCGAUGGGGUUCUGUCUACUUCUUGGUUCCGAGGGCACGAGGCCCAGCCAGAAGCCAUGAUCUUCUCCCCUGAGGGCCUCCCAGGGCCCGGCCACACUGGCCGGGAGACGCUGGAUACCCAAGGCAGCCUGGUCGUCAGAAAUGUGACAACUCAAGAUGCAGGCAGCUACACCGUGGUGCUGGAAAGCAGCAGGGGACGCAGGAGUGUGAUGGCGCAGAUACAGGUCCAUGCCAACUCUGAUGGGGUGCUGCUGCUGACAUUCCCGGGGAAUACACAAGGUAUCCUCCGGAGUGAACUCAACUACUCAGUGAUCCUGCAGUGGGUGGCUUCCAUCGAACCUGAACCUGUGCUAUGACGGACCUUCAAUGGGCAUCCUCGUGGGAUCGGGGAGAGGCUGAUUAUCCAGAGGUUGUCCUUGGAGGAUCUGGGCACCUACGUACGCUUGGCCGAGGAUAGCCAGGGAAUGUAUGUCUCCCAGCCUGUGACUAUCACGCUGCCACAAGCCGUCGUGGAUCCCACAGACCCUGUGCCCAUCAAGCCGAACCCUACCCUCUCCCUGUCAGGAAGCUCUGCCUUUGCCCUCAUUGCGGCCGCACCUGUGGUACUGGUCAGAAGCGCGGUCUUCACCAUAAUCUGGAAGCUAAGGUACCUGCCUUCCCUCCUUCCCAUCCAGUCAGCCUCCACAAGGUGCAGAGCUCACUCCGCAGCACGACUGAAGCCAAGCCAACUGCCUCCUCCCAAGGAGCUUAAAGCUCAUUCGGAGAGGACGACAUUGACCCCUGAUGUGCCCAUCCAACUCGUCAGUUCCCAAAGUGGCCCCAGGGGAGCAAAGAGACAGGAGACAUUCUGGAGGUGUGUCUUUGCCACAAUGAGGACCAAUGCUGACAUCAUCCGGAAGGAACCAGCCUUGUCCAAUCAGCUGUGA